GCAGCGGUGGCGGCUGCGGCUACGGCCGGAGACGGCAAUGGUGGCAGUAGCAGUGGGUGGCGGCGGGGGCCUGUGACCGGGAGCCGUCCCCGGACCCGGGCACCAUGAGCCAAGGCCCCCCAGCAGGGGAGAGCAGCGAGCCCGAAGCAAAGGUCCUCCACACUAAGCGACUUUACCGGGCUGUGGUGGAGGCCGUGCAUCGACUUGACCUCAUCCUUUGCAACAAAACUGCUUAUCAAGAAGUGUUCAAACCGGAGAACAUUAGCCUGAGGAACAAGCUGCGUGAACUCUGCGUCAAGCUUAUGUUCCUGCACCCAGUGGACUAUGGGAGGAAGGCAGAGGAGCUGCUGUGGAGAAAGGUGUACUAUGAAGUUAUCCAGCUUAUCAAGACGAACAAAAAGCACAUCCACAGCCGGAGCACCUUGGAAUGUGCCUACAGGACACACCUAGUUGCUGGUAUUGGGUUCUACCAGCAUCUCCUUCUCUAUAUCCAGUCCCACUACCAGCUUGAACUGCAAUGCUGCAUCGACUGGACCCACGUCACCGACCCCCUCAUAGGGUGCAAGAAGCCAGUGUCUGCCUCGGGGAAGGAGAUGGAUUGGGCACAGAUGGCCUGCCACCGAUGUCUCGUGUACCUGGGGGAUUUGUCACGGUAUCAGAAUGAAUUAGCUGGCGUGGACACCGAGCUGCUGGCUGAGCGAUUUUACUACCAGGCCCUGUCGGUAGCGCCCCAGAUUGGAAUGCCCUUCAACCAGCUGGGCACCCUUGCAGGCAGCAAGUACUAUAACGUGGAAGCCAUGUACUGCUACCUGCGCUGCAUCCAGUCAGAAGUCUCCUUUGAGGGCGCCUAUGGGAACCUCAAGCGGCUGUGUGACAAGGCAGCCAAAAUGUACCAUCAGCUGAAGAAGAAUGAGACUCGGAAACUCUCGCCCAGUAAGAAGCGCUGUAAAGACAUCAAGAGGUUGCUGGUGAACUUCAUGUACCUUCAGAGCCUGCUGCAGCCCAAAAGCAGCUCGGUGGACUCGGAGCUCACAGCGCUUUGCCAGUCGGUCCUGGAGGACUUCAACCUCUGUCUCUUCUACCUGCCCUCUUCCCCCAACCUCAGCCUGGCCAGUGAGGAGGAGGAGGAGUGUGAGAGUGGCUAUGCUUUUCUCCCGGACCUCCUCGUCUUCCAGAUGGUCAUGAUCUGCCUGAUGGGCGUGCACAGCCUGAAGAGAGCAGGAUCCAAGCAGUACAGUGCGGCCAUCGCCUUCACCCUGGCCCUGUUCUCCCACCUCGUCAACCACGUCAACAUCCGGCUGCAGGCAGAGCUGGAAGAGGCCGAGAACCCCGUGCCAGCCUUCCAGAGCGACAGCACAGAGGAACCGGAGUCCAAGGAGCCCCUGGAGAAGGGGGAGCCAGACCUGGAGCCAGCUCCCGCCGCACAUCAAGGGACCGAGGGCAAAAAGAGCCGCAAGAUCUCCCGUCUCUCUUGCCUGCGUCGCCGACGCCAUCCACCCAAAGCCGGUGACGACAGCGACCUGAGCGAAGGCUUUGAGUCGGACUCUAGCCACGACUCCACCCGGGCCAGUGAGGGCUCAGACAGCGGCUCGGACAGGAGUCUGGAGGGUGGAGGCGCAGCCUUUGAUGCGGAGACAGACUCUGAGAUGAACAGCCAGGAGUCCCGAUCAGACCUCGAAGACAUGGAGGAUGACGAGGGGGCUCCUACCCCAGCUCUGGAGCCCCCCCGGGCCAGGUCAGAGGCUCCCGAGACCCUCAAUGGCCCACUGGGCCCCAGCGAGGCCAGCAAUCUCCAGGCUAUGUCCACCCAGAUGUUCCAGACCAAGCGCUGCUUCCGACUGGCCCCCACCUUCAGCAACUUGCUUCUCCAGACCCCCACGGAACCUCAUGUCUUGGCCGGCUGCAAGCCCUGUGUCAAUGGGGAUGUGGACAAGCCCUCCGAGCCAGCCUCUGAGGAGGGCUCGGAGUCGGAGGGGAGCGAGUCCAGCGGGCACUCCUGCCGCAACGAGCGCAGCAUCCAGGAGAAGCUGCAGGUCCUGAUGGCCGAGGGCCUGCUCGCCGCAGUGAAAGUCUUCCUGGACUGGCUUCGCACCAACCCCGACCUCAUCAUUGUGUGUGCACAGAGCUCCCAGAGUUUGUGGAACCGUCUGUCUGUGUUGCUGAAUCUGCUGCCGGCGGCCGGGGAGCUCCAGGAGUCCGGCCUAGCUCUGUGUCCUGAGGUCCAGGAGCUUCUUGGAGGCCAUGAGCUGCCUGACCUGCCUGCUUCCCUGCUGCUCCCCGAGGACACAGCUCUCCGGAACCUGCCCCCGCUGCGGGCGGCGCACAGACGCUUCAACUUUGACGCUGAUCGGCCCCUGCUCAGCCCCUUGGAGGAGUCGGUGGUGCGUGUCUGCUGCAUCCGAAGUUUCGGCCACUUUGUGGCACGGCUGCAGGGCAGCGUCCUCCAGUUCAGCCCUGAGGUCGGCAUCUUUGUCAGCAUCGCGCAGUCUGAGCAGGAGAGCCUGCUGCAGCAGGCUCAGGCCCAGUUCCGCAUGGCCCAGGAAGAAGCUCGGAGGAACAGACUGAUGAGAGACAUGGCUCAGCUCCGGCUGCAGCUUGAGGUCUCCCAGCUGGAGGGCAGCCUGCAGCAGCCCAAGGCCCAGUCGGCCAUGUCGCCCUACCUCGUCCCUGACACCCAGGCCCUCUGCCAUCACCUUCCGGUCAUCCGCCAACUGGCCACCAGUGGCCGCUUCAUUAUCAUCAUCCCAAGGACCGUGAUCGAUGGCCUGGAUCUGCUGAAGAAGGAACACCUGGGGGCCCGGGACGGCAUCCGCUACCUGGAGGCAGAGUUUAAGAAAGGAAACAGGUACAUUCGCUGCCAGAAAGAGGUGGGAAAGAGCUUUGAGCGGCAUAAGCUGAAGAGGCAGGAUACAGAUGCCUGGACUCUCUAUAAGAUCCUGGACAGCUGCAAACAGCUCACCCUGGCCCAGGGCGCCGGCGAAGAGGACCCGAGUGGUAUGGUGACCAUUGUCACAGGCCUCUCGCUGGACAACCCCAACACACUCUCCGGCCCCAUGCAGGCAGCCCUGCAGGCUGCUGCCCAUGCCAGUGUGGACGUCAAGAACAUUCUGGACUUCUACAAGCAGUGGAAGGAGAUUGGUUGAGGCUGACCCCCCAAGCCCUGCAGUGGGGCUGACUCCAGAUCUCUCCUGCCCUCCCUGGCAGCCAGGACCACCACCUGCAGUCACCCCACCACAGGCAGACUCCACUCAGCUGCACGCGUGCCUAGAGGCUACAGGGAGGGCCCAGGAGUCAGUGGGGAGGGCGGGUCCCUGGUGCCAAGCGGAUGUCAGGAAAGCAAGGGAAGUGCUUGGAGCAGGAGAGGUCUGUGGGCCCAAGCCAGCUUUUCUGCCACGAUCCCCUGCUGUCCCCAGGGGCAGGAGCAGGCAUGGGUGUCUGCUUUACUUUGGAGUGGUUCCCAGACCUCUGAGGGGAAGGAGAGAGGUUGGGAGCCAGAAGCUGAGCCCCUCCAGGCCGUGGGGGAAGCAUUGGGUGGUUCUCUGCAGACUUCCCUCUUCACAGACCACCCGUCAUCCGCUCGUCGCCCUGGUGGGGACUGGGCAGCUCUGGAGCCAGGGGCCCAGCCAGAAGCGGGCCAGGGGGUGCCUGUGCAGAGUAGCAGAGCCGGGCUGCCGCUCACCCCCCUCCUCCC